CUAUGUUUCUCUCCAGGCUGCAUUUGUUCGAAUAAUAUUAGCAAUAUCGGUGAAAUAAAUGAUUUUGAACGAUGACGAUCUGUGGAAUACCGGGAUGCAACUACGUAAGAAAAACUGGAGGAAGGUCCAUGUUCCGCAUUCGUCGACCGGACUUGGCAAGAACUCCGGGCGAAAGAAAACAUCGCCAAAGGCUGACUAAUGUUAUGCUCUCGAUUCGGGAUUUCACCAAGGGCGAUAACAUCAAGGAUUUGAUCCACAAAGAAGCUUGCUGUAUUUGUGAUAAUCAUUUUGCAAAAGAAGAUAUUUUGGAUUACGGAAUGAAAAUGUCGCUUAGGCUCGGAGCGAUGCCAACAAAAAAUAUGCCCUUUCCACAAUGUAGCGUACCAGGAUGUCAUCACCCAAAUGGUUUUAGAUUUCCUAAAAGAAUGAGAAUCAAAAAGAAAUGGAUUGAAGCCAUAAAUCGUGCGGGAGAUUUUGGCAGAAGGAAAUGGAAACCUAAUAGCAAAUCUAAUGUAUGUUACCAGCAUUUUCUAAGAGAGGAUUUCUGCUGUGAUGAGUCAGGAAAGAUACUCAAAAUGCUCAAACCUACCGCAGUACCUUCCAUAUUCAACACCUACGACCCGGAAUUAAACAGCGUCAAAUUUAAGAUUAAAGAAGCAUCGUUAAAAGCAACGAUGAAACCGAAAACAGCUCAAGAAAUCAUGUUAUCUCUACCUAUCUCUUCAGUUUCUCAAGAUGGGGAGCAAGCGUAUGUCAAUAAUGUUGUAAUGGGCUUGACAGGUGACACCCAGGGUCCCGACAUGGUUGAAAAACUGUUCGUAACUAAUAUAAGAGGGUCGGGUGAAAUGCCGAUGCACAAUACAGGUAUGACAGAAACUACAAAUCUGAAAAAUGCGGACUCUUCUAAAAUUACUGCUGGUCUUGAAAACACAAAAUCGGACUCAAAUUCUGAACAAGAGCCCUCAAACACCAAUUCGUUGAGUGCCAACCAUUCUUUACACAAGACUGUGGAGCGAAUUCCCACUGACAAGAAAAAUGGAGUAAAUGAAAAUCAAAUGGUAUCUGCUAAUCCAUAUUUGGAUACCACCCAACACGAUGAUGGGGGCCUGGGUAACAAUUUUGAAAGAAAUAUGGACCCCAUGCCCCCAACAUCCCCCAGGAAAGAUACCUACCCUAGCCUGAACUCUACCAAUGCAAGCAAUAGUAAUGAGUCAUGCUUAGAGAAUGGAAACCUAAUUAGCGAUUGUGAAACAAAUUUAAGCAAAAAAUCUGUGAAAUACUUGCCAGGAAAUAAUGACGUAUCAAAUUCACAUGGCCUACCUUUGACCAAUAAUUUGAGGACUGAAAACCAGAUGGAAGAAAGCCUAAGUAGCAAUUGUGAAACGAGUAUCGGCCAAACAUCUUUGAUAUACUCUUCAGAAAAUACUGUCAUAUCAAAUUCACUUGGACAAUCCUCAAAGAACCCAACAGACCUUGUCAAAUCCGCAUAUAAUCUAAGUAUCAAACAGUCUCAUAAUGGAGCGAAUAUUGACCGAAUGGAUAUAGCACAAGAAAAGACAUUAAAUUCAAAACUAAAUAUUCUGGCUGACAAGAAUGUUUCAUCAGUGACUACUCAGGAAAUUGAAAUAAAAAAGGGCGAGGAGGAAUCAUUAUUAGUCUCCGAAAUAGAAACGACUCGCAAUAAAACAAUUCAAUUUGCUUCAGCAGAUGCGAAUUCAAAAUGCGCAACUUUAGAGAUUUUACUUGAAAACGCUGCUAUGGAAAUUGAUCAGACCAAAUUAAGAGUAACAAAUGGUCAGGCUGUAAAUAAUGAGAUUCGAAAGCAGUCAUCGUUAUCAACGCAAGCUAAAACAAACUUCGGAAAAAAUAUCGAAAUGGUCGACUGCUCAGAAACGAUAAUAGAAAAGGAAAAUUCUACGUUGGACGCUCUUAAAAUAUCAAAAGAAUUCAAGUUUGGUGAAUCACCACAAAGCGACCAAAAAGGUGAUCAGCAAAAUUUUGCAUCAGUGCCACAUAAAUAUUCUGGAGCAUCAGCCUUGAUUAUUAAUGGGACACCGUUAAAAAAAGGAAACUUGCUAGUACAACAAACACUGUGCGAAGUGGCAUCUACAAAUUUCAAAUUGAACAAACAAACAUCAGGUAAAAAAACUGUGAAUAAAAAGCUUGAUGACGCAACUUUGAUUUCCCUGCGAAAGAGGACGGUACAGAAACCUCAAUGUGCGGAGAAAUUUGAUAAAUCGCAGGCCUAUUCUGUGGGUCACGAAAUCAAGGAAUACUCUGCGCUUCUGAAAAAAGUAUCAAUGGAUAAUAGUGACUUGGUGUCAAGUGAUAACUCUGGACUCGUAAGUCCUCAUAUGGCUGAAGACCCAUGUGUAUUGAUGCCCAUCCCUGGGACAGACCCUCAAAUAUAUCUGCCAAAAAAUUUAGAAAAUUUUCUAUAUUCUUUCCUAUUGGCAAAUGAAAUAUCAGAAAAAGAGUGCAUUUUACAACGAUUGGAAUCCCUUGGUGGAGAUAUGAGAACCUUAACUGGCUUUGAUAGCUAUGAGCACUUUGAUUUAUUUUUUAACAUGCUUGGCCCAUUAGCGUUAGAAAUGACUUCCAAAGCGUUAAAAUCGCGCGAGCAACUUUUCUUGGUUCUUGUUAAAUUAUCUGGUGCGAAAUCUGACAUUGAAAUAUCUAAAGCGCUUAAAAUCGGGCCCACCAGUGUUCGAAUAAUUUAUGACCGAUGGGAAGAAUUCAUGUUGAAUCAACUACAAAGCGUGUUGGGAACGCAGAAAACUGAGUGGAUGUCUGGCAUGUGAGGGGGUUAUUUUGCUCGAAGCUAGGUCCAAGGCCGUCAACUAAAAGUGGAAAGAAUACUGAUAGAAGAGUUGCAUGUUUGCUCAAAUCAAAGUCCUGAACCCUCAAUUAAAAAAGUACUGAUAGACAAGUUGCAAGUUCUCAAGCCCCCAACUAAAAGUGAAAAGAGUACUGAUAGAAGAGUUGCAAGUUUGCUCAAAGCAAGGUGCCGAAUACUCCUCAACUAAAAUAGGAAAAAGUACUGAUAGAAGAGUUGCAAGUUUAUUCAAAGCAAGGGCCCGAGUCCUCAACUAAAAGAAGAAAAUGUAGGCCUACUUAUUGAAGACUUGCAAGUUUGCUCAAAGCAAGGUGCCGAGCCCUCAACUAAAAACAGAAAGAGUACUGAUGAAAGAGUUACUUGCUCAAAGCAAGGUCUCUAGUCCUCAACUAAAAGAAGGAAAAGUACUGAUAGAAGAGUUGCAAGUUUAUUCAAAGCAAGGUCCCAAGCGCUGAUGGAAGAGUUGCAAGUAACAUUGUACGGGCUAUAGAAUUACAAAUUUGUUGUACGUUCUCGAAUUAGUGACCGCCUAUAACAAUGUUCGUUGCUCUAUUUUUAUGCUGUUUUUUUCAAAUUUUACGUUUGUUUUGUUCGUUCAAAAAUUUCCACUGUGAUCCGUG